UGUCAACCAAUCAUCUCAUACAGCCAGUGCCGCCAAUCCUUAUCAAUUACCAAUCCCAAUCGCUCCCCCAAUCCCCGCUUCCAGGUGGCGUCUUUGGUGGCAGUCGUGGCGGCGACGGCGAUAACGACCCUCACGUGCUUCGCCAUCUUCUCGGCCACCUGCGUGCGCGUGAUCCGGGGGCGCAGCUGGUUCACCACCAUCGGCACGAUCCAGGCCGUCGCCGGUGUCCUGAGUCUACUUGGUGCAGCAAUAUUCCCACUAGGCUGGGAUUCAUUCCGAGUGAGAUCUAUGUGCGGUGAUGAUGCAGGAUUUUAUUACCCAAGCGCAUGUACAGUAGGAUGGGCCAUGUAUGCAGUGCUGGGAGGAAGCUUAGGAUUACUACUGUGUACCUGCCUUGCAACAUUUUCUGCCAAAUCAACAGCAACUGAUAGAGUUUCUAAUGAAAUUGCAAAAGGAAAUCAAGUUGUUUGUCUUAUUUAAAUAAAGCUGUGUGUUAUUAUGUGUAGUGUUUUUUCAGUGUUGACAUACUUGUUACUUAUUAAUGCUUUAACAUCUUUUAAGACAAAGAUAGUUUCCCUUAUCAACAGAAUAUCAUUACUCAUCAGAGCACUGAUAAACAAAUUUGGCAUGUUAUGGGAAUCUCAUUUAAACAACUUUUUAUUGCAUGUGUUAUUACAUGCGCAUUAAGAAAUACGCAUCAACACUAUUUUUUCACUUUCUAAUCUUGGGAUUUAUGGAAGUGAUGUGUUAAUGAAACAGAUCAAACUUAUUUCCAUACUAUGCUAUAGCUAUGAUGAAUAACAGUAAUUUGGUUGACAAUUAAAGAAUGAUCUACAGAAUUUUCUGUCAAAAUGAAAACUUUCAGCAUACAUCAGUAACUUACUUGUAUGCAUAUUUAGCCUGGACAAUAUUGUUGGCUUUCCAUUUUCUCAUGUUAUAGGCUUUUCAAUCAACUGGUUGCUAUAUUGUUACAAACAAUUAUACUAUCAAUUAUGAAGAUAUAAUGUAUUCCCAGUACCAAAGUAGGGUCAAACAAUAUUUACUUCACUUUUGCAUUCAGGUACCACACAUGUGAUUGAUAUGUAUAAUCAUUCUUAUUCAAGUACAAAUGGUAUAAAUUAUCAAAACACAGGAUAACAAAAAUGAACUGCAAAUUAUCCCAGCACAAACAUACCCAGUGAAAUAAUUAUCCAUGACUUAUGUAUAGUUAUUUACCAUUAAAGUUAUUUCUGUAUAUUAAAUGAUUUGCUUCCCUGUAUAUUGGGUGUUCAUAUUAUCACCUUUUAAUAUUUCAAUGAACUUUAUCGUUUCAGAAGUUAAACUUAACAUUAUGUCUACUUAACUUUUGGCUUACUGGUACUUAAUUAUUUUCCAAGUAACACGGUAUACUGAAGCACAUCCUUCUUCUACAGAUUAACUUUAAUUUUGCAGUGUAGCAUAUUCUUUACCAGUAUCUGGUUAAGUUUUAUAACCUUACAUUCCUCUUGCAUUUUCUUAUGCUGUACUUAUGCUAAUAAACUAAGUGUAUUAA